AUGGCGGCGGUGGUGGCACUGUUGCGGAGGGCGGUGGAGACCGUGAAGAGCAAGGAGUUCCGGGAUUACAUGACCAGCACGCACUUCUGGGGUCCGGUGGCCACCUGGGGCCUCCCGGUAGCCGCCUUCAGCGACAUGAGGGAACCGCCGGACAUCAUCAGCGGCCGCAUGACGACGGCGCUCAUCUUCUACUCAAUGGCCUUCAUGCGCUUUGCCUACCGCGUCCAGCCUCGCAACUUGCUGCUGAUGGCGUGUCACGGCACCAACGUGAUGGUGCAGAGUAUACAGGGGGGCCGCUAUCUGAUCUACCACUACGGCGGCAGCGUCACGGAGGCCACAGUGGCCACCGCUGCUGCUCCCUCUGUCCUUUCUGUGGCCUCUACCGUCUCUACGGGUUCUAUUGCCGCUACCCCCGCUACCACCCCUGCAGCUGAAGACCCUGUGGCUGACUGCGACUCCGCUACCACCCCUGCAGCUGAAGACCCUGUGGCUGACUGCGACUCCGCUACCACCCCUGCAGCUGAAGACCCUGUGGCUGACUGCGACUCCGCUACCACCCCUGCAGCUGAAGACCCUGUGGCUGACUGCGACUGCCUGGACGUCACCAGCUUCGAUCUGCUGAUGGCAGGACAUAACUGA